GUCAACCGCAAACCCUGACAUUAUUUCACGCUCUUAAAGUGUUUUUUAUAUUCUGUCACAAGUUCAAAGUGUUCUUAAUCGUAUAUAGUUAGCAUAAUGGAUAUGGACAUUGAUUUGGACUUUGAGGACGAUAAGAUCAAGGAAUUCUUGAAAACCAAGUUAAAUGAGCUGCAGUUGGUUAAUAAGAGAUUGCAGAAGAAUUUGGACCAAAGAAAAGCAAUACUUGCAGAACGAAAACAACAGAGCCUUGUCGAAAAUCCGGAUAACGUGAUUUCUAUGGGAUGGAAGAAAAUUUGGAAUAAUAAAUAUAUAAUCGCCCUGAAAGUGAAUUGUAACGGAGAUAGUGUCAUGGAGAAUAUCCAGGUUAUACUCAGAUGGCAUUUAUCAGAUCCUCUGGAUUACGAAGUUAAAAUAUUUGAAAUCCUCGAAACAGAAAUCCAACCUUCCCUCUCAUUUCUCACAAACCAUGACCCCGAAACAUGCCAUAAAAUUACUGAUGAACUCACAAUAUCUAACAAAAUAUCUAAUACCGGAUUCAUCGUAAUAUACCUAGAGUUGCCAGAAUUCACUCAGGAGAUACAGACUGCCAUAAAUGGCAUAAUUGCUUACGGACAUAAACAAGAGAAAAUAAUAAACAUCCCUGCGAUCGAAAUAGAUCCUCAUGAGAUUAUAGCUAAAAUGAAUUCAGCAGUUCCUAGUGAAAAACUUGAGGACUUUCUAUGUUUGUUCACCAUGCAAACAUUUAGCUUAACUUUCGUACUUCCUCCAGGCUGGAGCAGCAGUAUUGAUAGUACAUUUGAAAUAUAUUGUUCAUUAACUAAGUUGUCCGUAAAAAAUAAAUGUCGAAAAUAUUUUGUGGCCAGAAAGAUUUCCCCGCAAAUUAAUGAUUCUAUGAUUGCCAUUCAUUCACCUACUUCAGAAAAUUCAGAUCAUUAUCCCGCAAUUGUUUAUACUACGAAUUACAAAAAUUUAAUUCACCUCAUACACUACCUCCAUAAAUCGAUUUCUGGGGUACUGCUUCUUCCAACGAUGUAUUACAAAAGGUACAUUUUAAAAGUUGGUGUUGAUGAAGACGCUGCCAAGACCCGAUUGGUAAAUGCUUUGGAAAAUGAAAUGGAUUUGGUUAAGGAUUAUUUGGAGAAGAUCAAAAUGGACCCAGAUUAUUCGAGCCGUGAGGAAUUUUUAAAAUUUCGUCUUGCUUUGGCGAGGUUGGAGGAAAAAUCCGAUAUGGAAUAUGCAAAAAUUGUACAUAAGGAGACUUAAAUAAACUGCACUGUUCAAUGGAA